AUGGCUGCUACUGCCGCAGAUGUCCCUGCCGCCGAGCAGAAGACUCGGCCUACAAAGCCUGAUGAGGGGGCUUACAAGGCCAACCUAGCCGCGGCCGAAAAGGAGCACGCUACCGCUCAGGAGAAAUUGAACCAAAUCAAGGCCAAGAUCGAAAGCGCAAAGCCCAACAACCAGGACUCGCCUGCUGCUAAGAGGCAGAAGGAGCUGCGUGCCGAGCUAGCUUCUAUCCGCCAGAAACAACAGGGUUUCAAAUCCGCUCGCGCAGGCACUCAGGAGAAGCUAAAUGCCCUGGAUUCUACCCUCAAGGCCCGUGUGGCUGAGCAAAACAGCUCUCGUGGCAAGAUUGCCUUCAAGAACGUCGAGGAAAUUGACAAGGAAAUCUCUCGCUUGGAGAAACAGGUCGAUUCUGGCAGUAUGCGCCUGGUGGACGAGAAGAAGGCCCUUUCGGAUAUUUCCAGUCUCCGCAAGCAGCGCAAGAACUUUGCUGGUUUAGAUGACGGCCAAAAGACCAUUGAUGCUUUGAAAAAGCAGAUUGGCGAGCUGAAGAAAACACUCGACAACCCAGAAGCCCGUGCUCUGAGUGACAAAUACAAUGCGAUCCAACAGGAGCUUGACACCAUCAAAGCCGAACAGGAUUCCGCCUACAAGAACCUCAAUUCAUUGCGAGACGAACGUACCAAGCUGCAGCAAGACCAGCAAGCGAAAUUCACCGCCAUUCGCGAGAUCAAGGACACCUAUUAUAAGCAGCGCAAGGCGUACAAAGAACAUGAGGAUGAAGUGUGGCGAAUUCGCCGGGAGCGCCAGAAGGCCGAGCGUGAGGCUUUCGAACGGGAGAAGAAGAAGAAGAUCGCCGACAGGAAGCUCGAGGAGGCUUCGCAACUGGCCUACACUGACGAAAUCUUGACAGCACAGGGUCUUAUCCGUCACUUUGACCCGUCUUACGAUUUCUCAACCUUGGGCCUUGAUGAUAACAAGAAGGUUACAGGCAGUGCUUUCCGUGCUGAGAUUGGACGUACCGUCGAUGACUCGAACAUCAAGGGCGUGAAGAUACUCAAGAAGGACGACCGUGAUGAUGACUACUUUGUUGGCACCGGGGGAAAGAAGGGCAAGAAGGGCAAGAAAGGCGCCAAUGCUUCACCCGCUCCUUCCACUCCAUCUGAAGGCAAGUUUAACCUUAGCUUUGGCGUGAUCGAAGACUUUGCCAAGGUCAAGGUCGACCAGCCCAUGAGCCAGGCCGAUGUUCCAGCUGUUAUCGAGAAAUUAGCUGCCAAGAUCACCGAGUGGAAGAAAAACCAGGCAGCCAAGACUCAAGAGAACAUAAAGAAAGCCCAAGAAGAGAUUGACCGCCUAGACGAAGAGGCCCAGCGCGCUACCGACAGCGGCAAGAAGGUCUCCCAGACGAAUGCCGGGGUCAACGGCCAUGUUUCAGCCGACGCAGAAGCCAAGCAGGAGAAAGAUGGUGCUGAAGAUGCGGCUGAGGAGCUCCAGAAGGCUACCAUCGAAGACAAAGAGUAA